UUGAACUUGGGUCCUUGUGUUUUCGAGACAGGCAGCGUAACCACUGAGCUAAAUUCCCAGCCCUGUCAUAUUUUCCUUUUUCAGGGCAAGUUUUUCCAGGUAAAACCCUGCCAUCUUCUGAAGCAAAAACGGAGCAGGAUGGGAGGAACAGAAGCUAAGGGAUAAAUAGCCCAGUGCUGUAGGAACUUCUGAGCAUCCUGCAGCAGCCUGUGGUGGGCUUGGAGUCUGAACAGAGGGAAAGUCCUAGAAAGGUGGCAGAAUCCAGCAGUCCCUGGAGGAAAGAUGCCUUGACUCUGGCUGGCUGGGAAAACUUGUCCCACAAACCCUGUGCCAGUGUCCUUUAUUCACUACAUGUGGGUGUCAGUGACGGGAGAACAGGUGGAGGCGCCCUAAUUGGUCUAGGAUGCUAAUUUGGCUGGGGCUUUAUCCUUUUGGCUGUUUGUGCUCCCUGUCUGAAAGCCUUUCUAACAUAUUAACUUCCCAUGCAGCAGAUGGAGGAAAAGGGGGCUGUGCCAUGGGUUUAUCAACCUUGAGGAUCAUCCUGGUGGGAAAAACAGGCAGUGGGAAGAGCGCCACAGGCCACAGCAUCCUCUGCCGGCCGGCCUUCCAGUCCAGGCUGCGGGCCCGGUCAGUGACCAGCUCGUGCCAGGGGGAGAUGGGCACGUGGAAUGGGAGGAGCAUCCUGGUGGUCGAUACGCCCCCCAUCUUCGAGUCAAGGGCCUGGACUCAAGAGACCUACAAGGACAUCGGGGACUGUUACUGGCUGUCAGCCCCAGGGCCCCACGUGCUGCUCCUGGUGACCCAGCUCGGGCGCUUCACCGCCCAGGACACCAUGGCGGUGAGGAGGGUGAAGGAGGUCUUCGGGGCAGAGACCAUGAGGCACAUGGUCAUCUUGUUCACUCACAAGGAGGACCUGGGGGACAAGUCCCUGGACAGCUAUGUGGCGAGCACGGACAACCGCAGCCUGCAGGCUCUGGUGCAGGAGUGCGGGAGGCGGUACUGCGCCUUCAACAAUCGGGCAGCCUGCCAGGAGCAGCACGGGCAGCUGGCUGAGCUCAGGGCCGUGCUGGACGGGUUGCAGUGUGAGCUGAAAGGCUGCUUCCUCAGCAAUGACCUGUUCCUUUGGGCCCAUGUGCUGCGGCAGGGUGGGGACGCUGCUGGCCAGGAAGACCACAGGCGCUACCUGGCCCAGGUGAGGCAGCAGGUGCAGAAGCAGAGGCGGGAGCUGAACGAGGCAGAGAGCAACUGCGUGUGUAGGGCGCUCCUCAGAGCCCAAGACUGGGUGAUUUUACACGGGGACAUCUGUGCUGUUUCUAUUUGGUGCAGCUUAUUAGUUCUCUUGAUUUUUCUGAUCAUAUUGCAUCACACAUGAAAUUUUGUAUCUUAGAGCAUUUUCUAAAGUGUCACCUCAUGUACUCUGCUCUUUGUGUCACUAAUUCAGAAACUGCAGUCAUGGUCUGCAGGCAUCGCUUGGCGGAACAGGGCCUGGUUUCCCUUUCUGCCUUACAGAUUUCCUUACCUCUGAGCUUACUGGAUCUGGGUGUGAUGAUCAGAACUUCAGCAGCCAUUUUGCUAUCAACUUGAGGUAGAAGCAAAACUGCAAGGCAGAACAGGAAAAUGGAACAAAAACAAGCCCCCGAAUCACCCAGCCCUGAAGCUUACCCUGUCUCUGCGUUUUCAAUUAUGUGAGCCAAUAAAU